GAGCUAUCUUGGGUUUUUAGUUUCUAGGGUUUAUUGUCGACAAUGUAGAAAACAGCACAAACCCACACACGGGAUCAAAACAAAGUAAAAAUAAUCAUCUACGUAUGAUUCAGAAGGCUAUGUGUACACCUUGAUAUAACUAUUGAUAUAAUCGAAGGAGGAAUUAGAUCUCAUAAUAAGCUGCGUGAUGAACCAGCUACUAGGAUAUGCGACAUCCCUACCGGGAAAGGUGGUCGCUUCUGGCCUUCUAAUUGGUGGAGCUAUGGAGCUGUUUAUGCUUAAAACCGGAUUUUAUGAAAAAGAGUUGGAAAGAGAAGCACACAACCGUAUGGUCAUUGAAAAUAAUCGACAGGAUUUCCUGGAAAGGCUCACACCGGCCGAGAGAGCAGAAUUAGAUCAAUUACUACAAAGCACCCUGAAAAGGAAGGUACCGGGGAUAAGUGAUGCCUCCACAGGCGAGAACUAAGGGUUUUGGCAUUAUAAUCAAUAGCUGACGCUCAAUAUAGCCAGAAUAUCACUACAAUCAAUAGCUAAAGCCCAAAAUAGCCAGUAUAAAGUAUGUGUAAACAGCCAAA